AUGAUCGUGGACAAGCUGCUGGACGACAGCCGCGGCGGAGAGGGGUUGCUGGACGCGGCCGGCGACGGUGGCCUCAUGACCAGCCCGCUGAACCUGGCCUACUUCUACGGCGCAUCGUCCCCGGCCGCGGCCCCGGGCGCCUGCGACGCCAUCUGCUCGUCGUCGGGGCCCUCCGCGCCCGGCUCGCCCGGCUCGGACUCCUCCGACUUCUCCUCCGCCUCGUCCGUGUCCUCCUGCGGGGCCGUGGAGUCCCGGCCGAGAGGUGGCGCGCGCGCCGAGCGGCUGCAAGUUGAGCCCCAUAUGGGGGUUGGAAGGCAGCAGAGAGGACCCUUUCAAGGUGUUCGUGUGAAGAACUCAGUGAAGGAACUCCUGUUGCAUAUCCGAAGUCAUAAACAGAAGGCUUCUGGCCAAGCUGUGGAUGAUUUUAAGACCCAAAGUGUGAACAGAGAGCAAUUCACAGAAUUGAAGAACACAGUAUCAUAUAGUGGAAAAAGGAAAGGACCUGAUUCAUUGUCUGAUGGACCAGUUUGCAAAAGGCCAGCUUUAUUACAUACCCAGUUUUUGACACCACCUCAAACACCAACACCCGCAGAGAGCAUGGAAGAUGCUCAUCACAGUGAAUCCAAACAGGACAGCAGUGCUGAUCUGCUUCAGAACAUAAUCAACAUUAAGAAUGAAUGCAGCCCGGUUUCCCUGAAUACUGUCCAAGUUAGUUGGAUGAGCCCUGUGGUGGUCCCUCAGGGCUCUCCCCAAGAACAGUGUCAGGACUUCCACAGAGGGCAGGUCUUCUCGCCACCUCAGAAACACCAACCAUUCCAAGUCAGCAGCUCCCCACACAUGGUGGAUCAGACGUCCCUGUACCAGUAUUCUCCACAGAGCCAGAACUUGCAGCCACAGCAUUACACCCACAACCCAACUCUGGAAUACAGUCCUUAUUCCAGAACGUCCCAGUCCCCCAAUUAUGAACCAAACCUCUUUGAUGGUCAAGAACCACAGUUCUGCCCAGAUCAAAGUUUUGCAUCCCUUCUGAGUAGUCAGGAAUCUGAGAAUAUUGCUGUUCCCAUUCAGAAUUCCCCCAGUGUUCAGCAACAGAAUGACUCACACCUGCAGAACUUCAACAUGAUGCCACAUGGCGCCUGUGAGGCCAUGAUGGGGCAUGACGCAGGCUCUACCCCUUUAGGCACUUCACUGCCAUUCCCAAACAUCAUCGGAAAUCCAAUGAACACCACACAGUUAGGGAAGUCAUUUUUCCAGUGGCAAGUAGAACAGGAAGAAAGCAAAUUGGCAAAUAUCUCUCAAGAUCAGUUUCUUUCAAAGGAUGCAGAUGGUGACACGUUCCUCCAUAUUGCCGUCGCCCAAGGGAGAAGGGCACUUUCCUAUGUCCUCGCAAGAAAGAUGAAUGCGCUUCAUAUGUUGGAUAUUAAAGAGCACAAUGGACAGAGCGCCUUUCAGGUGGCAGUGGCUGCCAAUCAGCAUCUCAUUGUGCAGGAUCUGGUGAACCUUGGGGCCCAGGUGAACACAACCGACUGCUGGGGAAGAACCCCUCUGCAUGUCUGUGCUGAGAAAGGUCACUCUCAGGUGCUUCAGGCAAUUCAGAAGGGAGCAGUGAAGAGCAAUCAGUUUUUGGAUCUUGAGGCAACUAACUAUGAUGGCCUGACUCCUUUACACUGUGCGGUCAUGGCCCACAAUGCGGUGGUGCAUGAACUGCAGAGAAAUCAACAGCCCCAUUCACCUGAAGUUCAGGAGCUUUUGCUGAAGAAUAAGAGUCUGGUUGACACCAUUAAAUGUCUGAUUCAAAUGGGAGCAGCAGUGGAAGCAAAGGAUCGUAAAAGUGGUCGCACAGCCUUGCAUUUGGCAGCUGAAGAAGCAAACUUGGAACUCAUUCGCCUUUUUCUGGAGCUGCCCAGUUGCCUGUCUUUUGUGAAUGCGAAGGCUUACAAUGGAAACACUGCCCUCCAUGUUGCUGCCAGCCUUCAGUAUCGGGUGACACAGUUGGAUGCAGUCCGCCUGUUGAUGAGGAAGGGAGCAGACCCAAGUACUCGGAACUUGGAGAAUGAACAGCCAGUGCAUUUGGUUCCUGAUGGCCCUGUGGGGGAACAGAUCCGACGUAUCCUGAAGGGAAAGUCCAUUCAGCAGAGAGCUCCACCGUAUUAG